AUGGAUUAUAAUCAAACUACCAACGUCACCAAAAUCGAAGAAAAUAGUGCUGAAAGCUUUGACAACUAUACAGGAAUUGGAUGUGAAAGUGGCUAUUAUUACAGUAAGCAACUGAAAAAAUGUAUUGUUUACCUUUUAUGUCAAAGUUCAGAUGAGGACGAGUGCAAAUCUAAUGAGCAUCUCUGUUCACAAAGAUGUAUCAACAAACCAGGUGGUUAUGAAUGUCGAUGUGCUAAUCCAUUGUAUAAACUAGCUCGGGAUGGUCACAGAUGUAUUCGAAUGGACAGCGAAAAUGUAAGACUGUUUCUGGCACAUACUUAUAGCAUUUGGGAUAUUACGCACAAUGCAAAAGCUUUUGAAACAAUCAUUGCGAAUAGAGAAGAAGGAAAAGUAGUUAUGUUCGAUUAUGAUAUUGUGACUCAAAGGUUAUAUUUUGUGGACUUGUUUAAAAACACAUUGCAAUAUUCAUAUUUAUAUAACAAACAAGCUGUACAUAUGGUGCAGAAUCACGACAUCGAAGGUACGGAGGGAAUUGCAGUUGAUUGGGUUCACAGGAACUUAUAUAGCUUGCGUCAAGAUCAGCUACAUGUUCAGCUUCUCGAUGGCCGUUUCAGAACUUCAUUGUACAAAGGAUUCUUUCAGCUUCCACGUGCUUUGGCUGUUAAUCCUUCUACGAGGGAAGUGUUUGCUAGCGAUUGGGGGGAUAAGCCGUUCAUAGCAGCUUUGGCUAUGGAUGGUAGCCAUGCCAAGAAAAUCAUAACUGAAAAUAUAGUAUGGCCAAAUGCUUUGGCUGUAGACUACUUGGCUCAAAGACUGUACUGGGCUGAUGCAUUUCGCGAUAUUAUUGAAAUGGUCAAUUUUGAUGGGUCAGGUCGAAAAGAAAUAAUUACCGAUGGUCAGUUAGUACCACAUGUCUUUGGAUUGACAGUAUUUGAUGAUAUAAUUUUUUGGAGUGAUUGGAAUAAUCGUGGGUUACUAUUUGCUAACAAACUUACUGGUGGAAAUGCAACACUUUUAUUAGAAAUCAUCAUGCCACCGUACUUUCUUAAAGCUUAUCAUUCAGCUAUGCAAAUUUCAGGGUCUAAUGUCUGUCAUAACUCAACUUGUCAGCAUCUUUGUGUUCCAAAAUUAGAUGGUUCUGGACCACAAUGCUUGUGCGCAAAUGGUUUUAUUAUGCAUAAAAAUGGAUUUUGUGAGCCAAAUUGCAAAAAGAAUGAGAUUCUUUGCUCACAACCAGAUCAUAAAUGCCUUAAUCCGAUAUACAAAUGUGAUGGCUUGUUCAACUGCAAGAAUAUCGAUGACGAACUUGGCUGCAUACGCCCACUUUGUCUUAUGGACGAGCGUUUCUUUCCAUGUCAUGAUGCUCGCAAAUGUAUUCUAAGAUCGCAACGAUGCGAUGAAAUUGUUGACUGCUAUGAUAGUUCUGACGAAUUGUAUUGUAAGGAUUUGGCGAUUAAUUGGCCUCAUUAA